AUGGCUGCUGAGUUAGUGGGUUUUUUCACUAACCUCAUUGGCUCUCCUGACCCCUCAGUUAAAGGCUACUCUGCUGAAAGUCUAAAGAGCUUGAUUAAUGUUUGUUUGCCUGAAGGUGCUGAUAUAUGUCUUACUAAGGAGGCUUUUGAUUCUGUUAAUUGGAAUUUCUUACUGUCUGUUCUUGAGGCAAUGGGGUUGCCUGAUGUGUUUUUUAAUUGGAUCAAGGCUUGUAUUACCACCCCUAUGUACUCUGUUUGCUUGAAUGGUAGUUUAGUGGGGUAUUUUCAAGGGGCUAGAGGGAUUAGGCAAGGGGAUCCUCUAUCCCCUUAUCUUUUUGUUAUUGUAAUGAAUGUCCUAUCCUCCCUGUUGAAUGUUGCUGCCAAGAGAGGAAUUUUUAGAUUCCAUCCUAAGUGCAAGAAAGUCUCUCUCACUCACAUUUGCUUCGCGGAUGAUCUGCUAGUCUUUUUCCAUGGUUCCCUUGAGUCUGUGUUGGGAGUGCAAAGCACUUUAGAGGUUUUCUAUGAACUGUAUCUUGGAGUACCCCUUGUCACUCGUAAACUCACAGGGAAGGACUGCUCUGCUCUCUUGGAACGUAUUAAAGGUAAACUAGCUCAUUGGUCUAGCAAAAAGCUCAGCUUUGGUGGCAGGCUGCAGCAGCUUGUUCUCCCCAAGGGGAUCAUCAAUGAUGUUGAGAGGCUUUGCAUGCGGUUUUUCUUGAAAGGUUGUGAUGCCCUUGCCAGAGAUGCUCGUGUAAGUUGGAGCCAGUUACAUGCAUACUGUCUUAAAGCUGUAAGCUUCUGGGAAGUUGAGUACAAAGCCUACUUCAACUGGAUUUUGAAAAAGCUGCUGAAGCUUCAUGAGGAGGCUAGGAAUUUGUUUAUUCCUUGUGCUAAUUGGAACCUGAUCAAGGGUAAAUGGCUUUGGGACCAUAUUAGAGUUCGUGCAGAGAAAGUUAGUUGGCACAUGAUCAUUUGGUUUCCUUCUCAUAUUUUGAAAUUCUCCUUUAUUGCUUGGAUGGCCAUCCUUGAUAGACUGCCUACGAGAGAUAGGCUGAUUCGAUUCGAUUCGAUUUGGUCUUGGAUAAUGGAUGUGUCAUGUUUGGGUCUGGGAUUGAGUCCCGUGACCAUCUCUUUGUUGAUUGCUCCUUUGCUCAAGAAGCUUGGAAUGCUGUGUAGGUCUCCUGUGGGAUUCUUCCUGCUUCGCUUAAAUGGAAUGAUCGCCUUCAAUGGUUGA